CUGCAACGACCCGUGCAUGGCUACGCAGAAACCCAUCCCGACUCCCCCAACACAGGCAAGCACUUUAUACCCAACUACAAGAGUCACCUGGGCAACAAGUGUGGGGGUGAAAUGAGAAUGGAUCCGGGCCAGCCUGCCCUUGAAUCACACUCGCCUGGUGGCCUGGGGUCUGAUGGCCAUGUGAUCCCUGAAACAGUGGACCGGGCAGGCUGUCAGCAGAGUGAGGGGGACUCCUCCAGGAGGCGCAUGGACACCAGGUCCCAAGCGGCGUCGGGCUCCGCGCCGGACGGUCCCAGGAAGCGUGUGGUGGUCCGCAAAAAACGCGGGAGGCCUCGCAAGCAAAACCUGACGCUGCUGACUGAGGACACGGAUCCCAAUGGAGCUGGCCCAGAUGCUGUUCAGCAGGAGAAGGCCAGCACGGUGGUACCUGAGCCAGCAUGUGCUGUGAACCACAACGGCAGCGACGAGCCCAAUGCGGCCGACGAUCACCUUACCAUCAGUGGACCUCAGGGCGAGGUGACCGCUCCUCCGCCUGUCUUAAAUGAUAUGGAAGUAGGCAACGUCCCCGUGUUGGUGAAAAGAAAAAGAGGACGGCCAAAAAAAACAGAAGUUUCCGCUUUGCCGAAAGUUUCUAAGACUGAAACUGCCCAUCGUCCUGCCAGCUCUCCUUGCCCUGCACGCACCCUGAGAAGCAGAGGAGGGCAACACCCUCCGGCACAGGCCUAUAAACCCCAAACCCAGGAAAAGCUCCAGCCGGCCGAUACAGCCUCCGUAAAGAGCCCAAACGCGUCCUGCUUUCCAGGUGAUAAAAGACAAAGGACGAGUAGUCAGAUUGAUCCACAGGUCCCAGAGAAAAUAUCCAAGCUGGAGGAUACCCAGGAGGCCCCGUCGGUGUUGAGCAACGGCACAGACUGUGGCAGCAGAGCAGAGACAGACGGACAGGUGGAGCUAAGCACUGAGGCGCAUCCAACCAAAGCAGAUGGAGGUGGUGGUCAGCCUUCUCUGCGUUGUGGAGAGGAGCAACAGCAGCUGGCGCGAGUGGUCGAGGGUCUGGAACCCAACAUUGAGCAGCGUCCCCAGGAAAAGCCGGAAGGGAUUUAUUCUGAGGAUUUGAAUACUUUGGAGUCAGUAAACCCUCCUCAGUCUGAAGACCCGACAAUAAAAGAGACGGCGAGCGUGAUUGCCUGUGAGGAUCAGCAGUCAGAAAACCCCCAGUCCUUGGCUUGUGAAACAAAUGCAGAGUCCUCUGAAACAGGCAAUGUAACGACGCCCGAGGAAAAGGCUGCAUGUCUGGAGGAGCCCUCAGCAGCGAAAUGUGAGAGUACAGACGUAGGGCUGGAUGACUCCAUCGCUGUGUCACUGUCGGAUACUCCCAAACCUUUUGAACACCAUGCCAACACCACCGUUAAAUCACAGGGUCAAAUCACGCAGCAAAGCACUUUUAGGCGCAAAAGAGGCGGCAAGAGGAGGAGGAGAAUCACAAACGCUUCAUCGAGGGAGCCCCUCGAUGAGAGACAAGACGCUGGUGCUGGUGACACUCAGAUAAAAGCAGGCGGUAGCGAUGAGAACUCAGAAGCUAACUCUGACGCCAUCACAGAUGUUACCUAUACCAAAAAAGGGGGUAAAACUCUGCUGAAGUGUGGUUACUGUGGCCGUCUGUUUAGAUUUCUGUCUCAGUUUGUCAUUCAUCGACGCAUUCACACCGGAGAAAGGCCCUUUAAAUGCGCCGAAUGCGGUAAAGCUUUUAGCAAAAAUUCCAACCUAAACCUUCAUCUCAAAGUGCACAGGAAGAACAGUAUGUAUCAAAAGUGUCCCUUUUGCAAGACCAAGCUGCUUCGCACCGAGUACGCCUCUCAUUUGAAGCUGCACACCCACGAGCUGGACCAGGAGCAGAGGAGCUACAAAUGCGAACAACAGGGCGGCGGGGGCGGCGUCGAGGACAGCGCGCCCACACCGGAGAAGAAAGAAAGAAAGAUUUGCCAGUACUGUGGUAAAACCUUCCCGUUUCAGUCGGCGCUCGUACGGCACGUGCGUGUCCACACGGGAGAGAAGCCGUACACGUGCAACAUAUGCGGCAAAGCCUUCGGCCAGGCUUAUUUCCUGCGCGUUCACGAGCUGACGCACUGGUCCGUGAAGCGCUACAACUGCACCCGCUGCGAGAAGUCCUUCACCCACUACAGCAACGCCAAAAACCACACGUGCCGGCCCGCGGGGGCCGGACACGAGCCCCAGCCCAGCAGGCGCAUCAAGCCCUCUCUGACCUACACCUGCCACAUCUGCAAGAAGGUUUUCGAUCACCUGCAGUCCUUCAACAGCCACAUGAAGGAUCACACCGGGGCCAAGCUGGUGCGCUGCCUGCACUGCGACAAGCUGUUCGGGGCGCUGUCGGAGUUCGAAGCGCACCGCAGUCAGUGCACAAUCGAGAGAGCGGCCGCCAGCUCUUCUAUAAAGGAGGAAGAGACGAUGUCGUUGAUCCAGUACGCGGUGCCGGCUCUCAGGGGCUCUCUGGGACGAGGCCCGUCGGUGCAGAACAAACCUCCCGCGCUCAGCCACAGGAAACGCUCCGCCUCGCCAAAGAAGCCGUUCCAGUCCACCGUCACCCCCCCGCAUCGUCUCUCCCACCUCGCGUCGAAGCUGAACCAGCUGGACAACAGGUCCGACCCGCGGAGAUACCUGUGUCCCAGCUGCGGGCGGCAGUUCAGGCACAUGGGCCGCUUGCGAGCCCACAUGCUGACGCACGCCGCCGGGCAACGCUACAGCUGCGCCUGCUGCGGGAAGACGCUGACCAGUUGGAAAAAACUGUGGCGCCACCAGAGGGUGCAUCGGCAGGAGAGGGGCCGCUUCACCUGCCCACGGUGCGGCCGAGGCUUCCGGUUUGCGGGGCCGUACAAGCAGCACAUGAGCGAGCACCCAGAGUUCCGCUGGAUCCAGGACAGGCCCAGGAGGGCUUUUCUGCCGUACCAGUGUGAGCAGUGCCGAUGCGGCUUUAAGACUCUGGGCCUGCUCCUCAGUCACCAGCUCUGCCAUUCCUCACCACAAGACUCACCAAAAGACUUCGAUUUCAGUUUAUGUGUAGAUGAACACAGUUCACUGUCCAGUAAAGACAUGCCCACCCCUACCAACAAGUUGGUAUCUUCCCUUCCUGUAGCUGAAAGGAAUAACUCCCCAAGUUCUCCAGCCACAGCUUUUCAGAUGUCAUCUCCAGUGCCCAUAAUCUCUACUGCUUCUUGUCAGGGUCUUGAGUUGAACAGUUUAUCUGAACAUCCCAUCAGGAUACCUCCAUUGCUGAUGAUCAUGUAA